AACCUCCUCGAGGUCAACUUUGUUGUUUAUCUUUUCAAGGUCGACAGGCUGGCACUCCGUCGGUUAUGACGACGAGGGUUCCAGUUGAUCCGAUCAACGGAACAGCCUGCUCGUGAAAUUAACGUGCAAGUGGCUGAGCAUUCCACAGACACGUGUACCCUUAACGUAGUUCUCGGGGAUAUUCAGCGUGACACAGUGUGACAAGGCUGACCCUUCGAAUUACAGGCACAACAGAAACAGGAAGUAAGAAUGAGAGAAAGUUGUGGUGGAAGAAUACAGUAGGGUUCGCCACCAUCCCCUGCCGGAGCCUCGUGGAGCUUCAGGUGUUUUCGCUCAAUAAACACUCAAAACGCCCGGUCUGGGAAUCGAAACCACGAGUCCGCUGCCCUAACCAUUGGUCCAUUGUGCCUCCACUCAAGGUCGACAAAAUAAGUACCAACCAACAACCGGCAUUGGUUUAAGAUUCUUAUAUAACAUCUCAGAUGUGAAAACGUAAAUAGAAUGGUAAGGGAUGACUAACCGAGUAUUUAUGUCAGCUGUGUUAGCGUUUAUCAAUUCGUUUUGGCUGUACUUCCGGUCAGCCAUAACACGCUGUCUUCACAAGAUUGAGGGAACGUGAAGUGGACUCUAGUGAUUAUUUACAAUUUAGAAACAGUUCGGUAGGAUCUAAAAGUUUUGUUGUAUUUCAGGAAAUUUUCCUGUAAUGAAAAGCUGAUUUCAAAGAAAGAUGUUCUCUGUUUAUAUACUGUGAGAGAAAAAAAAAAUUAAAUUUAAAUGUUGAAAAUGAAAAAUGGAGCUUCCUUGAGACCAAUUUCUCUUCCUUGGCAUAGCAAUAAGAAAAGAUGAAUAUAUUAUAUCAUUGUGAUUGCUGAUGUGAAUCCAUGAGAAAAUAUAUCAAGAUAAUGGAGGACAUGAUUGAUACACGGGAGAGACCUUUUCACUGUGAUAUUUGUGAUAAAAGAUUUUUACGGAUAACUCAUUUGACUGAACAUAUAAGGACUCACACGGGAGCAAAACCAUACAGCUGUGAGGUUUGUGGGAAAGGGUUUUUAUAUAUUUCACACUUAACUGAACAUAUUCGAACUCACACAGGAGAUAAAUCAUUCUCUUGUGAAAUUUGUGGGAAAGCAUUUGCAAGGAAAGAUUGUCUACGUAAUCAUAAGGCAACUCACUCCAAUGAGAAACCACACCACUGUGAAAUUUGUGGUAAAGCAUUCACAAAGAAAUAUUACCUACGUAACCAUCAAGCAAUCCACAGUGUAGAAAAGACCCACUAUUGUGAAAUCUGUGGUAAAGCAUUCACAUGUAGAGGCUACCUUUCAAAACAUAAACUGGUUCACACAGGACAGAGACCUUAUAAAUGUGACACAUGUGGUAAAGAAUUCUUACAAAAUGCUAAUUUAAAAACCCAUAAAUUAACUCAUACAGGUGUAAAACCCUAUCCCUGUGAAACCUGUACUAAAACGUUUUCAUCAAAAAGUGACUUAAAAAAGCAUGAAUUGGUUCAUACAGGAGAGAAACCAUUCCACUGUGAAAUCUGUGGAAAAGCAUUUUCAAUUAAAAGUAAUCUGAAGAAACAUAAAUUUAUUCAUAUUAAAGAGACUUUGGCUCAGUAAUGAUUGUGGAAAACUAACCAGUGUGAUAUAUGCUUUAACAGAUACUAUAUGAUGUGUUAUGAAGGAUAACAUACUGUAUAGUGUGUUUUAAGAGAGAAUAGACAGUAUAUAUUGUGUUAUAUAACAUACCGUGUAGUUUGCUAUAUGAGCUGAUAGACACUAUAUAUUAUAUAACGAUUACUAUGUAGUGUGUUAUGACAUCAUAAAUACUAUGUAGUGUGCUAUAUGAUAUAAUAGAUACGACAUAGUAAGUUAUAUAGAAUGACAGAUACUAUACUGUAUGUUAUAUGAAAUAACAUAGGAUGAGUUAUGUGGGAAUGUGCAUAGUGUGUUAUAUGGAAUAAUUGAGAUUAGAUUGAAUAAGUAAUUUUUUUUCUUUUUUGCUGAAUUUUACCCAAAAUGUUAAAACAGUAAAGUGUAAAAGAAUUACUUUUAACAACUCAGGACCUUGAUAGCCAGUGUUUGGUUGACUGAAAAUGGAAAAUAUUGAAAUUAUAUUUCAGAUAGUUUUCUGUAAUAUUUUGUUGAAGAUCCAGGAUUCAGUUCAAAAUUCAUUUCAGAAGGGAUAUAUAGAAAAAUUGUUUCAGGUAGUAAUGAAUGAGACAAACAUGAAACUAGAUGUGACCUCCACACAUACUAGACGUUUUGUAAAGGAAGAAACUGAAUAGAUUUGAUUUAUCAUUUGGUUGUGAAAUCCUAAAAUACAACUAGAACAGCCAUUACAAAGUAUUGGUCAUAGAUAUCGUUAACAACCCUUAUUCUAUCAUAUGAAUUACAAAUGCUUUUCAGAAGUUGAAAUAACGCGUUACCAAAGUAGAUUUAACAAAAAAAGAAUCACUCACAUUCUUUUUUUUUUCUUUUUUUUUUUGCUCUUAGCAGACUGUGUCUGCUAAAGUUUGAAUUCAUUUACUCAAAUUUACAACUGUUUUGAAAUGCAAUUUUAGGGAGAUUUUUUUGUCCUUGAAAUUUUAAUCAAAGUGUUGUUCCAAAGACAAAUGCAGCAUGAAAGACUCACAUUGCCCAUUCACAAAACACACCAAAACUAUUAACUUCACUUAAACAUUUAUUAUUUAGUGUCAAAAUUGUUUGACACUAUGAGUUUUUGGAUGGUCAAUAUGUGCCUUUGACACUAAAAUUGCUUUGGUUUCAACACAGUCUCAGAUCAAAUCACAUGCCGAGCAAAUUCAUCUCCAAGAUUAUUUUAAAGAAGUUUUGAUCAACUCAUCACAUUAUAAAAAUGUAGAACUUAUCAAAUGUUUUCAGAAUCAUGCAUCAUGUUGGUAUCAACAAUACGGGUCGCAAACUGACCAGUUGCUUCUUGAGUUCCUUGUUAACAGCCCUAAAAAUAUUCACAUAAUAUAUUGUUAUUUACAGUGUGUGUGUACACAGUAGUGGAUAUGAGCUGUUUUGGCAUAAGCAUUUUGGCACCACUUACUUGACGUCACUGAUUUGGCACUGACUUAUUUGACAUCAACCUUUAGCAUUUAAACUGGCCAGAUCUGGCCCAAAUAUUCUACGUGUUUUAUAUUCAAACUGGCCAGAUCUGACCUCUUACACCCAUCCUACAAUGUCACUCCAAAAAUAAACACUCAUCAUCAUCAUCGUUUAACAUCUGCUCUCCAUGCUGGCAUGGGUUGGACAGUUUGACAUAGAGUUGGCUAGCAGGGUGCUGUCCAGACUCCAACUGUCUGUUGUGGCGUGGUUUCUAUGGCUGGAUGCCCUUCUUUACACCAACCACUUAGCAGAGUGUGCUGGGUGCCUUUUACGUGCCACUGGUACGGGUGCAUUUACAUAGCAUUGGCACAGAUGUGUUUUCACAGCGCUGGCAUGGGUGCUCGUUAAGUGGCACUGGCAUCUGAAUGGACAUUCCAAAACUAUGAGGUAUUGUGUGAUUAAUUGAAAACGAUGUGAAUAAAUAAGCAUUACAUUUCACAGAGUAAUCUGAAUGCUAAUGGGUUAAUCUUUCCUCUCUUUGUCCACUCCCUGUGUUUUAUGUAUGUGAACGUAUUUCUUUAUGUGUAUGAGGAGAGAGAAAGUGCUUAUGUUAAUCGUGUUCAAUCAAUAAAUAGUAAUGUCUCUCUCUCCCUCCCUCUUUCUCACAAUGUGUGUAUAUUUCUUGAUGCAUGUGUAUGUGUGUGUGUUUGUUUCCAUUGCCACAACGUAGUGUCAACAAAACAGACAGAAUGCCCAAUCAGCCUGUACCAAAUCAUCAGCUCCAAACAGCUGCGCCCAAUUAUCUCAUUCCACACAAUGCUAUUCUGCAUCUCUACAACACAGUGUACAGGUUGUCACCCAAGUUUCUGUGAAACAUUACUAAUUAAAUAUUGAAUAUUCUCAUAAAAUUGAAAUCUCAUCUUUUUCCUGGCCAUCUCUCUUUAAAAACUGAAGAUGUCAACAUUAUUAAACUACCAAGUAACCUUAACAGAAUUGUUAAGGGACAGAAUAGUAAUUAUUAUAAAACAUUGUUUUGUCUUUCUUUCAUUUCUAGUCAUUAUUUACUUCUGUCAAGGCUGUGAAUUGCCAGAAUUGGUCGAGUGAUUACUUCAACAUCCUGUAUUUUCAGUUCUUAUCUUACCAUGGUCAGCUUUCCAUUCCAUCCUUCUAGAGUUGAUACAAUAAGUUUUAGCUAUGUAUUGCAAUUAAUUCAGUCAACUGUAUCCCUUUUUCUACAUAUCUGUGGCUUGUGUCAGUGGAAGAAAAAAAUUGUUUCAUUAGCUAUUGUGUAACAGACCAUAACAUCAGCUGUUAUGUAACUAAAAAUAGCAUCAGUUUCAUAUAAUGAAAUCAUUAAUUAUUAUGUAAAACACGUUAACUAUAGCUAUUGCACAAAUUAUAAUAUAAACAAUAUGUGACAAAGUAUAACAUCAUACAUAUGUUACUAAUUAUAUCAUUAUAUCUAAUUAAAUAUUAUGUAACAGAUAAUAGCAUCAGUUAUACUUAACUGUAGCAUUGAUUGUGUAAUUAACUAUAAUGACAAUGAAACACUUUCCAUUUGCAAAUUAUUGUGCAAUCUUAGCUAAAGUUAAUCAAACAGCCUUUUUCUUGUUGCUAAUUAAGUUAUGGAGUCAUUUUUGACUGAAUAAACUUCAGCUAAAAUUAAACCCCUCAACAUUUCUGCCUUUCUUUUGCAACCAUUCAACCAAAUUACAAAACACAUUCAUUAAUUACAUUAUUUACAUUAUUUACAUUUGACGGAUAUUUGUCCUCAUCUUGUUUGUUGUUAACACGUUUCGGCUGAUAUACCCUCCAGCCUUCGUCAGGUGUCUUGGGGAAAUUUCAAACCUGGGUUCUCAUUCCUAACGAUGUUACUAUUAUUAUAAUAUUAUUAUUAUUAUUAUUAUUAUUAUUAUUAUUAAUCAGGUCGCUGACGAAGGCUGGAGGGUAUAUCAGCCGAAACGUUGUGUUAACAACAAACAAGAUGAGGACAAAUAUCCGUCAAAUGUAAAUAAUGUAAAUAAUUCCUCAUCUCUUAAAUAUAGAACUACAUUCAUUAAUGUUAUUAAAAAUAUGUAUAUACUAACGUUAAGCCAGUGUUGAAGAAUUUAGUCUGGUAUAAAUAAAUACUGGUUCUGGUGCUUCCCAUUUUCACUCAUUGACUGUGACCACUGCUGGCAGUGUUAGACUAUCACAGUUAAAAUCAAUUCAUAAAACUAUAAAAUGUGAACUACUUAGGAGAGUAUUGUAGUUCGCUUGAAGCAUUGUGUAUUGUUUGUAAAGAAUAAAAAAACUACAUCAUAUGAGAUACCUAUAUAUUUUAAAACUACAGCUUUGUUGUUGCCUUUGGCAGUUUUUGACCAGGAUUGGCAUCUUACAAAUUCAAAAUGAUUAACUUAGGAGAGAAACCAUAUGGCAGUAAAAGGACAGCAUAUUUUGUACGUAUAUAAACUUAUAAUUGAAAUAAAUGCAAUGAUACUGAAAGUAAAAGGCAUUUCUGUUGAUUUCUGUGUCAGAAGUUAU